ACUCAAGUGUUAAACCAUCUGACAAAGUAGGUGAACCAUUUAGAAACCAAGACAGAACUGGUUAUGAAAUGUUAACAGAAGUUGGACUUUUCUGACAUUAAACAUGGAUGAAAUGGUGAGUGGGACAACAGAACUUCAAGAGACAGGUGGUCUACAGAACAGAUCCAGGGAGGAAGGGGACAGGAUCUCUGACGAGGAUGUUCCUAUGUCCGGCAUUCCUGUGGAAGUGAAUGUGGAGACUGGAGCACAGAACUCCAGGGACAGCCAAAAACUCGACUGCAUCAUCUGCUACAGUGCUUAUAACCUGGGAGAGAGACUCCCUCGGAAACUCUACUGUGGACACACAUUUUGCCAGUCCUGUCUGAAGCGUCUCGACACCCUCAUCAAUGAGCAGAUGUGGAUCCCCUGCCCACAGUGCAGGCAGAACACUCCCCUGCCACGCGGGGGCGCCACUGGACUGGACCUAGACCUGGCUGCAUUUCUGGGUGUUAAAGCCAGGGUGGAAAACCAGCGAACACACACCCAAAAAGCACUGCUGGAGACCAAGUCCUCCUUUAUAAAGCAGCCAAUCAUAGACCAGCCUCCCUCAGCUUGGCCUAAUGUGGCACUGACAGAUCAUCAUUUUCAGAGGUGCCCAUGCUGCAAGCACUGCCUGCUCUGCUGUUGGUGGUGCUAGUUAUAUUCAGAUUAUACAUUUGCAUCAGACCAGAGACAGUAUAAAUGUAGGAGAUGGACCACUUGUAGAAAAAUGAAUGGGAGUAAUGCUCAAUGUGGCGGCUAUAGGAAUGGAAGUCCAACAUUUCAGUUAAAAUUGCUUUAUAGUUGGUUUACUCUAGAAUCAGAGCCAGCCUGAAAAAACAUUUGAGCUGAAGUAGUUAUAUUUAAAAUACCAUAAUUGAAAUAAGUUAUGGAAACAUAAUCAUGGCAAACAUUUUCCAAGAUUGAAGAGACAUUGAAGGUAGAUAGUGACCAGGGGCUGUCAAGCUCCAAUAUUGACAAAAACAAUUUCUUCUCAAAUCUCAUUAAUGCUUGUGCACAUUCAAAUUUGGCACCUCAAGAUGAAGCACAAGGUUUGACUUCAUAAGAAAUGCCAUUGGUUUUGGUCUUGGUCUAUGCAUUGGAUUGUUUUGAAAACUACUGCGGAGGGAAGAAUGAUUGAUCAACUUUUUCAACUGUUAUUCACACAACGCUAUCGUAUGGCUUCAGAGGACUUGGAAUAUAGUGCACAAGUCAUUUUAACUACUUCUAUGGUGAUAUUUUUUCAUUUUUGGUCUCGGCAGCCCCUGGUUAAUCUGCUUUUAUUGUAUGGAAAUAAAGCAGCUUGGACAUUCUGCAAAAUCUCUCCUUUAACAUUCCACGGAAGAAAGUACUGCAAGUCAUAUCGGUUUGGAACGACAUCAACCAGAAAUACAACAAUAUUGUAGACAUCUUUACAGAUGGUUCAAAGGACCCAGGAACUGGGAAAACAGGAGCAGCUGCAUUCAUACCAAAGUAUCCAUGAGGAAGAGAGCAUCAGAUAAUACUGUAGUCUUUAGUUGAGUUAGUUGCAUCCUCCUGGCUCUCCGGUGGACUGAGAAAGUGAAACUUGAGAGAGGAUUCAUUUGCACAGGCUCACUGGCUGCUCUGAGGAACCUGCGAUCUGCACAUUCUGAUUGCAGACAGGAUACGGUAUAUGAAAUAUUGCAAUUAUUGUAUACAAAUCAUAAUCAAGGAACUUUUGUUAGAUUCUUUUUGGUUCCUGCACAUGUAGGAGUGGAAGGCAAUGAAAUGGUGAACAGAGUCAGACUGGCAAAAAACUCAUUGAAGUGCAGUAAUGAACUCAAUAUUGACAUGAGUAAAUCUGAAGCCAAGGCAAUCAUUCGUAAAGCGGCAAAUAAUAUGUGGCUGGAGGAAUGGGAUAGAGAAAUGAAGGGGAGACAUCUAUAUAAGAUACAGGGAAAAGUAUGCACAGGAGGAGGAAUGACAGCUUUAUUAAGAAGAAGAGAAGAAUCAAUAAUAAGCAGACUCCGCUCAGGUCACUCAGGAUUAAAUGUAACCUUUCAUAAAAUAAAAGUCUUCAAGUCAUGUUUAUUUGUAUAAUGCCUUUCACAACACACAUAGUUUCAAAGCAGCUUUACAGAAAAUCAUGCAUUAACAAAAAAAAAGUAACUGUAAUAUCUAUAACGUCUUAGUCAUCAUUGUAAAGUUUGAUUAAAUACGAUUGUAAAUUGUGUAUAAAAAUAAGUAAUUAAGUAAUAAUUAUAUUUAGAAACCUAAUUAAAAAAGCACUAUAAUGGGUUAUGCAAUUAUUGUGAAGAUGUUGAAACAGUUGAUAAUGCAGCUUAUAAGAAUGAAAGACAAGUAGUGUGUUAAAAAUUAAAGGGAAGGGAAUUAAAAUCAUGCCAUUAGGAAAUCUUCAGGAUAAAAAAACUUGGGAAAUUAGAUAUGAGAGAUGAUGUGUUGAGAUGUAUAACGGGAUUGGAUUCAAGAACAUAUAUACAUAUAUAUAUAAAUACACUGGCAGCCAAAAGUUUGGAAUAAUGUACAAAUUUUGUUGAUUCGGAAGGAAAUUGGUACUUUAAUUCACCAAAGUGGUGUUCAACUGAUCACAAUGUAUAGUCAGGACAUUACAUAAUUAUUUGAAAAAAAAAAAAUGUUUUAUCAAAUUUAGACAGUCCCCAUUUCCAUCAGCCAUCACUCCAACACCUUAUCCUUGAGUAAUCAUGACAAAUUGCUAAUUUGGUCAUAGAAAAUCACUUGCCAUUAUAUCAAACACAGCUGACAGAUAUUUGAUUCAUUAAAUGAAUCUUAACAUUGUCUGUGUGUUUGUAUUUGAGUUGCCACAGUAUGCAGUAGACUGACAUGUCUUUCAGUCAAUAUUAGGACAAAAGUAGCAAAAAAGAAACAGCUUUUUCUAGAAACUCAUCAGUCAAUCAUUGAUUUGAGGAAUGAAGGCUUCAAUUUCAAUGCUUGAAAUUGCCAGAAACCGAAAAUUUCAUUCAAAGGUACAGUUCACACUACAGUCUUCAAAGUCAAAGGGCAACUGGCUCUAACAUGGACAGAAAGAGAUGUGGAAGUCCAGAUGUACAACUAAACAAGAGAAUAAGUACAUCAGAGUCUCUAGUUUGAGAAAUAGACGCCUCACAUGUACUCCGCUGACAGCUUCAUUGAAUUCUACCCGCUCAACACCAGUUUCAUGUACAACAGUAAAGAGAAGACUCGGGUGCAGGACUUAUGGGGAGAAUUGCAAAGAAAAAGACACUUUUGAAACAGAAAAAGAAAAGGUUUGAGUGGGCAAAGGAACACAGACAUUGGACAACAGAUAACUGGAAAAGAGUGUUAUGGAUCUUAAACCCAUUGAGCUUUUGUGGGAUCAGCUAGACAGUAAGUUGUGU